GGGGUGAAAACCGUCCUUGUUUUGACGUCACCUGCAUGGAUAGACAGUAUUUGGGUUUCCAGCCAACUGAACGGUGCCGUGUGUUGGAGGGGGUCGGUUAAACGCUUUACUCUUUGAAACAGCGGGCAUUAUAAUCGAGACGUCGCCCUCGCGCUCCCACAGCCAUGUCUCCGUCGGUCCCCCUGCAGGAGAUGAUCCGAGCCAUCAGGUCAGCCCGGACCCAGUGUGAGGAACGCGGGGUGAUCCAGAGGGAGUGCGCCGCCAUCCGGGCCCAGUUCAGGAACACCGACAACGAGGGCCGCUCGCACAACCUGGCCAAGCUGCUCUACGUGCACAUGCUGGGCUACCCGGCUCACUUCGGUCAGAUGGAGUGCGUUCGGAUGAUCGCCAGCCCGCGCUACAGCGACAAGCGCGUGGGAUACCUGGGAGCCAUGAUGCUCCUGGACGAGAAGCAGGACGCGAGUCUGCUCAUCACAAACUCCAUAAAGAACGACUUGUCUCAUAGCAACCAGUACGUUCAGUCUCUGGCUCUCUGCACACUGGCCUGUAUGGGAUCAGCUGAGAUGUGCAGGGAUCUGGCCCCAGAGAUCGACAGGCUGCUGCGGUCCUCCAACUCUUACAUAAAGAAAAAGGCCGCUCUAUGCGCCGUUCACAUUGUGAGGAAAGUGCGGGAGCUGGGAGAGCUCUUUGUGCCCUCCGCCCGCUCCCUCCUCUCGGAGAAGAACCACGGUGUGUUGCAUGGAGCGGUUGUGCUCAUCACUCAGCUGUGUGAGCAGAGCCCAGAAACACUGGAGCGGUUCAGGAAGACAGUCCCAGAUCUGGUUCAGAUCAUGAAAGGCCUGGUGAUCUCAGGUUAUUCUCCAGACCACGACGUGGCAGGAGUCAGUGAUCCUUUCCUACAGGUCCGCAUCCUGAGGUUGCUGAGAAUCCUCGGUCGGCACAACGAAGCAGCAAGCGAUGCCAUGAACGACCUCCUGGCUCAGGUGGCCACCAACACAGACAGCACCAAGACCGUAGGCAACGCCGUGCUCUAUGAGACCGUGCUCACCGUAUUAGACAUAAAGUCAGAGAGCGGCCUCAGAGUUUUGGCCGUAAACAUCCUGGGAAGAUUUCUCCUGAAUAACGACAGGAACAUUCGGUACAUCGCCAUGACCUCUCUUCAGAAGAUCGUAGUGACCGACCAUAUUGCAGUUCAGCGGCACCGUGGGACCAUAGUGGACUGCCUGAAGGACCAGGACGCGUCUGUUAAGCGGCGGGCUUUGGAGCUCUCCUUGGCUUUGGUGUCGGCCUCCAACAUCCGCUCCACGAUGAAGGAGCUGCUCAUCUUCCUCUCCUCCUGCCCCCCAGAACUCAGGGCUCAUGCUGCCAGCGGCAUUUUCAACGCUGCUGAAAGGUACGCACCCUCCCAGCGCUGGCACAUUGACACCAUCCUGCAUGUCCUCACCACGGCGGGCGCCGAUGUGCGAGAUGAGACCGUGCCCAACCUUAUCCAGCUCAUCACCAACACCUCGGAGCUGCACUGCUACACCGUCCACAAGCUCUACCGGGCGCUGCUCACUGACAUCUCUCAGCAACCUCUGGUCCAGGUGGCUUGCUGGUGUAUAGGAGAGUAUGGAGACCUGCUGCUGAAGGGAGAGUGUCAGGAGACAGAAGCUGUGCAGGUCACAGAGGAUGACGUCCUGGACGCUUUAGAGAUAGUCUUACAGUCGCACAUGUCUACUCCAACCACCAGAGGCUUCGCCCUCACCGCCACCAUGAAACUGAGCACGCGCAUCAUAGACAACGUGGAUCGGAUCAGAAGCGUGGUCAGCAUCUACGGCAGCUGCAUAGACGUGGAGCUCCAGCAGAGGGCGGUUGAAUACAACGCACUCUUCAAAAAAUACGACCACAUGAGAGCAGCUGUGCUGGAGAGGAUGCCGGUGAUUCAGAAAAACUCUGUGGGUCAAACCAACGGUGAGGUAGGCGAGGAGACCGUCAAGGAGAGCCAGGCAGCCAAAGUCGCACAGAAAGAGAUGGCUCUGCCGCCACAACCAGCUGGACAGGUGUGUGAUCUCCUGGACCUGCUGGGUGGCUCUCAGGAACCUCUGCAGCCCAGCUCAUCACUAGGGGGCGCAGCGUCAACCCAGCCCACCACUGCUGGGGGAGACCUCCUGGAUCUAUUGGGUGGGUUGGAGCCCACUCCUCCCACACCAGCUCCCGCCGUGACGGUGUACGAGAAAAACGGCGUGACUUUGACGAUAAGCUGCGAACAACAGUCCGACUCAGGCCUGACGGUCACGCUCACAGCCUCCAACUCCUCUGACUCAGACAUCAGCGGCUUCACCCUGCAGGCUGCGGUGCCCAAGAGCGUGCAGCUUCAAAUGAGGGCCCCUAGCAGGGACUCCCUUCCUGCUAACGGUGCCGCUAAACUGACUCAGCUGGUCAUCCUCAACAACCCAAACAAGGUCAAUCUGAAAAUGAGGAUCCGCGUCUCCUACACCAGCCAGGGCUCAGCCGUUCAGGACAUGGUCCAGGUGGACUCCUUCCCAGGAAUCGGUGCUGCUGGACUCUGAACACAGCGAGACAGCCCAACAGAGCCAGGAGGCAUCUCUCUCAGUCUAGUUAGGUGGUUUUUAAACCUGAGAAAUACUGAUGUUUGGCAGCAGUUUUUUUUUGCUGCUCGUCAGCUAAACACCUAAGGAUUGGCAGGUAUUAAAUAAGGGGGUGGGUGGGGUAUUUAAAAGGAAAUGAUCACUAUACAUGUUUGUGGAGGGGGUUUUACCACUGAGUGAUAGGGUCACUUGGAGAGAAAGAAAUGCACCAAUAGAAAGGAAGUAUUUGCUGUUUACCUGUUUCAUGAUUAACAUGAAAAGGAAAAAGUCAAAAUGCUGAGAAAGAGGUGAAAUGUUGGGAAACUAAAGUCAAAUUCAGUUGUUGUUUUUUUUACCAAGCCCUGUUGUGGUUCUGCCAGAGCCCAGCAUAUACAGCAUUUUGUCUUGUUCCUAGAACAUGUUUCCUCUUUACUCUCAACAUGUGGACUCUAUUCAUAGAGAUCAAUUGGACUUUUCUUCUUAAACGUUUUAAAUUCUUGUACAAAAAUGUGACUUUAUUGUUGAACUUUAAUGCAAAACCCUGAUACUCUGAACAUUCGUGAACCCGUUCGAUUAUACUUGUGCACAAUUUAAAAAAAAUAUUUUUUACACUGUAAACACAAGAGCUGAACCUAAACAAAUGAUACUAAUCUGGUUGUUUAAUAAGUCAUUCUGGCCUAUAACUUAUUGUAUUAUUUAAUACUUAUGUCUUUGGACCAGUUUUGAUGCAUCUGGUUCAAAAGGAGCAGCCACGAGGACUCAAGCCAUUUAAAAAAAAACAAAAAAAAAACGGACAUCUAGAACCAUAAAGCGAAUAGAAAUAAUCCAUGUUUAAUUUAGCUGGGAUCUUUAUCCGCCUCUGGAACGUCUCACAUUUUGCUUGUGCAAAUUCUCAGUUAUCCGGGUCAUCGCAACAGCAAACAGGCUUAAAUCGGAGGCAACCGGACCUUCGCUCAGUUCUUUCUGAAAACGAUUUGUCUCACGUUUUAUUUAAGAUCUCAUUAAUGCAUUAUAUCGUUUUUUUUUUUGUUUUUUUUAUUCAAAGGCUGCUGCAUUCAGUUUCACUCCACAGAUCCGGGGUCCUUGUGGCAACUAUUCAGCCGGGCUCCAUCUGAUCAUAUUUGCACUGUUUAAAGUAGGCAAACACUAACAGAUGAGCCUUUAACCUCUACUGCAGUUUUUAUUUAUUGAAAUCCAAGUUUGAGCCGGAAGGCUACAUCUUAAAACACAACCAUACGAGUUGCCUUUACUUAUCUCUGCGUGUUCUUGGAUUAUCCAGGUGUUUUAACUCCUGACCAUUCCCCUGUGCCUUUUAGCAAUGUUUUUUUUUUUCUUCCCCGUUUCCUUCAGAGGCCAACAUCCUUUAAUUUGUUAGACUUUACCUAGAGGCAACACCUCUCCUGGACAUUAGAAACCAUCUAUUGUUUACAGGCGAUCAAAACAGAUUUCUAUAUGAAGACUAUGUACAGCGAAAGCAGAAGAAAUUUUGGGCAUAGUGCUGCCUACCAGAUGUAUAUUUUGGAUAAUAAAUGUUAAAGCGGUUUUAAAUCUAUGGAAACUUCAGCCUUUUGCUGGAGAACCAAGCGCUAUAAGACGUGUCGACGUGAAACCAGCGUGUUUGACUCAUUUCAUGUCCUGUGCUUUUAGGAAACACUGUAGGCAUCAGAUCACACACGACCCCGCUGUAAAAGGGCAGAGAGAAUACCGAUUGUCUUUGAAUAUUCAGUCUUAUGCUAUUUUCUAAUAAACAAAAUUCUCAGGAGUGACUUAA